AUGACCACACCGAAGCCUCACAUAGCUCGCGAGCUUCUUGCGCGCGCCCACUCACCAGACACAGCAGAACAGCUCUUCACAGAGCGCGUCAAACAAAAACCCCUCUACCUCAGACCGACCUCCCCCACACCCGCGGACAACCGAGAGAGACGUCGCCUGCACCGUAUCCGCAAAAAGGAAUACUUCUUGCGCAAGCAGAAACCAAAGCCACUCUCCGCGCGCGAAAAGCGCAUCUCGGGCCUUUACGAUCUUCCCAAGGAGGAAUGCAAAUAUUCCAUCUUCAAGGAGCUUCACAAAUUAUGGGUUGGCUAUAUGCAAGAGAUCCUGGACCUACGAGUUCGAAAGGUUCCUAUCACGCCACAGUCGCAUGGGAGCAAGCUGGUUACUGCGGAUUUUCAUGGUGCUGAAAUUGAGGUUGUUCGGAGUCGGUGCGCGGGCCGGGUGGGUGUGAAGGGAAUCGUGGCGAGGGACACGAAAUUCACCUUUAUGGUUGUCACGGAGAAGGAUGAGGUGAAAACUAUUCCGAAAGAACAUACCAUCUUCCGCUUCUCUGUCCCUUUACCGUCGGCAGAUGACGAAGACACCGCUAUGUCGGAUGGUGAUAAGGCCAAGAAGGCACUUACAUUUGAGCUUCACGGCAGCCAGUUUGAGAAUCGCCCAGUCGAUCGGGCCAACAAGAAAUUCAAAUGGCGAAACGUGGAAUACAUCUAG